GCGCUGUCAGCGCAGGGCGGCGAGCGGAAUGCAGCGGCCCGAGGCCUGGCCACGUCCGCACCCGGGGGAGGGGGCCGCGGCCGCCCAGGCCGGGGGCGCGGCACCGCCCGCCCGAGCCGGGGAGCCCGCGGGGUCGCGGUUGCAGGAACCUUCUCUCUACACCAUCAAGGCUGUUUUCAUCCUAGAUAAUGACGGACACCGCCUGCUGGCCAAGUAUUAUGAUGACACGUUUCCCUCCACGAAGGAGCAGAUGGCCUUCGAGAAAAAUGUCUUCAAUAAGACCAGUCGGACGGACAGUGAGAUCGCGUUUUUCGGGGGCAUGACCAUCGUCUACAAGAGCAGUAUUGACCUCUUCCUGUACGUGGUGGGCUCGUCCUACGAGAACGAGCUGAUGCUCAUGUCCGUUCUCACCUGCCUGUUUGAGUCCCUGAACCACAUGUUAAGGAAGAACGUGGAGAAGCGCUGGCUGCUGGAGAACAUGGACGGAGCCUUCCUGGUGCUGGACGAGAUUGUGGACGGCGGCGUGAUUCUGGAGAGCGACCCCCAGCAGGUGAUCCAGAAAGUGAAUUUUAGGGCAGAUGACAGCGGCUUGACUGAACAGAGCGUGGCCCAGGUCUCCCUGCACAGACUAAUCCUGAGUUUACGGAGCUUCCUGCCCUGGCACUAACCACCUCCUGCUGUGGUGGCCCAGGCCGAGAUGGGUGCAUAAUGUCCCGUGUGGAGCCCCAGGUGUGGCGCCCACUUUCCUGUCACUGUUCUUGGUGCCCACCCUGCCACUCCCUCCUCCUGAGUCCCCAGGCGCCCUCACAACCUGCUGGGAGGAGCGCAGCCCCGUGGCAGUUUUCUGACCCAAAGAGGUUAGGGAGCAUGGCAGAGUGGAUAAGGACAUGGGCACUGGUGUGAGUCACCCCAGUGUGUCUGUUCCACUCUACCCCCUAGAAUCUGGGUGACCUGGGCAAGCCCCUCAGCCUCUCACAGCCUCACAUGAUCAGGGCGAGCUCCUCACGGAGUUAUUAGGAGAAACGGAUGAGCUAACGCGUGGAAAACCCUUUGCUCCUAUUUUUCCAGAGGGGGGUAGAAUGAAGAUGCAGCACUUUCAGUGGAAUUAUUGAGUAAAAACCAGGGAAGAUGCAGAGAGUGAGUGGGAGACGAAACGAGGAGGAGGCUAGGGUCUGGCCAGAAGCAGGAGAACCCCCAGGGCCAGGCGGUCCCUGAGAGAGGAAGGGAGGCUGUGCAGAAAGAAGGGACAGACAGAUUGGGAUGAGCCUUCCAAAGGGAGUGAGGCUUGGUGGCUGGAGGGACAACCUGUGUGUGUGCACAUUUGUGGGGAUUUGCAUAAGCACCGGACUGAGCCUGUUUUCUCAGCUGCAGGGGACUCGAUGAACAAUCUGAGUGCAGGUGUCCCGAGGCAGCCUGUGGGCAGUCCCCCUCUGCCAGCUGUGCCACAUCAGCAGUGUGUUGGGGUGGGGCGUGGAGGACAGACACGCUGCCAGCCAGGGCCAGCCCUAGAGUUUUGCUGAGGUGUCUGGGCUCAGAAGUGUCAGGCCUGGCCCCAGUUCCUGCCUGGACGUGGCACUGUGGGCGGCAGCUAGCACGACGGGGUAUGGGAAAGCCGGGCCUCGGGCAACACCCACCGCUGCGGAUGCAGACACCAGCAGAGGGCUGGGCAGGUCUGGGCCUGGGCUGGGAGCUGGCUGCAGCCAGUUUGGACUGCUCUUUCUCCGGCUGGCCUGGCCCAGCUGAAGUCAGGCAGAGAUGAGCUGCUGCCACCUAGUGGCCGGGAGUUGCAGGGACACAUAAGGAAGGUGGGCUGCAGACCUCCCUCUCACUGCGGUAUCGAGGUACUUGACACGCUCCCAAAUUCUCUCCUCCUUCCUCCCAC